AUGAUGGUGCCAGUGUUUAUUCUUAUUCUGAUGCUUCAAGUUUCUGCAAUGCAAAACAACAUCAUUGAGCACGAGGAAAGCUCUGAUGGUGACUUUAAAGCUAUCACUACAGAUCCUGAGAUUCUUAACCAGCUUUUCCAAAACAACGAGAGUCAAGGAUCUAGCCAAGAAAUAAGGUCAAAUGUUACAGAAAAAGAAAGAAAACUAACACCAACAUGCACAACUGGUCAAAAUUCUUGCCAGACUUGUGCAUCUACAACACUUUGUGGAACUUGCCUACAACUUUAUAUUCCUAACACUAAUGGUGGAUGCACCAUGUCGUAUAUGAGAAAUUGCGCUCUUGUUUCUGCACAGACUGUAUGUGACUCUUGCAUAGUUGGCUAUUAUCAAGGCUGUGCAUCAUGUAGUGACUUAGUAGCCAAUUGUUUUACUUGCUCUGAUGAUGGAAAAUGUACAAAAUGCAAUUCAGGAUAUGGAAUAACUAUGCACUUUACUUGCUCGAGAUGCUAUGAUCCAAACUGCGAUAUUUGCGAUAAAAUUACUUUAGCUUGCAAUGUAUGCAAAGCAGGGUAUUAUAAAGAUACUAACAGUUGCAAAGCAUGUUCCAGUUUUGACGCAAACUGUCAAGAAUGUUCAGGAAGCAACACGUGCACCAAAUGCGUGGGAGGAUAUUUACCAAAUGGUUUAGGCAGUUGCAUUCAAUCAUCAAUUUCAAAUUGCCAAGUGGUCAAUUCUCAAACAAGUACAUGUCAAACUUGUGUGAGUGGGUAUUACCUUGGAGCAAAAUGAUGGCAGUCUUGCCAAAAUUUCGGCACUUUUGGGUUUAGGAUUUGGAGAGGAAGAGGCAAGGAUUGCUCUAAGGUUGAGUGGUGGAGAUGCAGAAAUGGGCCUUCAGUCUGUUGCUGAGUUAUGGAUGUACUUUGGAGAGAAUUAGCGAGAUGGAAUGAGAAGAUAAAGGCUAUGAAGAAGAAGAAGAUGCUGAAGAUGAAGAUGAAGAUUAUGAAAUUGAAGACUCAGAAUUUGCUGAUACCCUUUUUGCCGCAACACAAGACUUAUGUCACACAGAUGAGGACACUGGAUGUGAAGACUGUGUGGAAUGAGACUAUGGAAAUAAAGGAUAUGAAGAUGAAGAGAAUGAAAAUAAAAAUAAAAAUAAAAAUAAAAAUAAAAAUAAAAAGAAAAUAGAUGAAAAAGAACAAAAAGAGGCGAAAUUUGAUGAAAAGAAGCGCUUUGGAGACAGAACUCAGGCUCAGCUCAUGGGAAAGUUUUGCCGCGAAAAAAGUAAUAUGAAGGAAUUCAAAAAUACAUAUGGAAAUAAAAAAGAAAAUAAAUCGAAAAGCACAAAGAGAGAAGAAAUUUUAUAAAAGCAAAUGUUCUGAAGAUAAGACUCAGGAUCAGUUGAGAAGAAAAUUCUGCCUCAAAAAAGAAUGUGUAGUUUCAGCGGAAAGACUAAAAAUAACUGAGGAAAAUGAAUAUUUGAAACUAAAAAAAGAAAUUGAGGAAAAUCGACGUAAAUUCAAGAAAUGGUAUAAAUUUAAGAAAUUCAGAAAAAUUAAUGAUAAAUGGAGGAAUUUGAAAGAAGAAAUUUGGAAAUAAAAAUUGAAGGCGCCUAGGGCGCGAUACCACAGUGGUGCCACCUGUGCCCAAAUAGCAUGCACAGGCACUCAAUUCUGGGAUUCUAGCAUUAAGGAUUGCAGCGAAUGCAGCACGAUUGAUACAGCUUGCACCGCUUGCAACUCAGAUAAAAAAUGCACCUCAUGCUCAGCUGGAAAUAUAGUUAAUGAUGAAGGCAAAUGCUCCACUUCAUCACUCUCUCAUUGCGAUAUUGUUAAAAAAUCAGAUCCAACUUAUUGCAAGAAAUGCUCAACUGGAUAUCUCCCCAACGGAACAGGAGUGUGUAUACAGUCUUAUCUGCAGUAUUGUGAUGUGGCCUCUGAUGCUACUACUUGCACAACCUGCUCUAGUGGAGCUGCUGUUGGCUGUGGCUCUUGCUACCCAAUUAAUUCAGUCCCUGAUUGUGCUUGUGCUUCUCAAGGCGGCUCAGUUUGUAAAAAAUGUAAUGAUGGCUAUAAGCUUAAUGCAGGCUCAUGCACUAAAGGUAUUUUUCUAUUUAGAUCGUCCUUCUAAUUGCGCGACUUGGUCUUCGAGUGACGUCUGCACUCAAUGCAAUUCAGGAUAUUUCCUUUAUGAUGAAAGUGUGACUAAAACAAGCUGUGUUUGUAAGAUUUAUUUAGCAUGUGCCGAUUCGUGCAAUUUAUGCACUACUAGUCCUAUUUGUUUCAAGUGUGCUGAUGUAAUAGUCCAAGAUGGGAGUUCGUGCAGAGUGGAUAAAGUAGGAUAUAAAUUGAGUUUCGACUCUCCAGAUGUGGUUAUUGAUUUUGCUCACCCGCUUUCGAAAACGGUAGCAUUUGAUUCUUUUACAGCUAAGAAAAAUCAAGUCGUUUAUCCUACAGGAAGUUGGAGCAUCAAAUCAUCGACAGUAAAUCAGAUCAAGGUUACAACUGAUUUGGAUGUUUCUCAGCUUCCAAUUGAAGUCGCGUUCAGCUUUAACCAGAACGACUCUUAA